UACAAGGGACAAACAAUCUCUGAAUGCACAGAAUGGCCUCUCACUUCCUCAUUUCGCUUUAUUGGUGAGCGUUGCUUCUUUUUUUUAGGCUUGGCAGUGUGAGUAUAUGUAAGGUUCCUCUAAUCCUCAUCAAUAUAAAAGUUAAUUAUGUUACAACAUUUCUGUGCCCCUGAGCACCAUCGCCUCUCGAUUCUGCCAUUCGACACAUCCUCGGCCAAAGCGGCUACAAAAAAUGAGGAAGGCAGGCCCUCGCAUAUUUCUCAAUAAAUCAGAAAUGUCACAGGACUCGUUUCACGCCGCCCUACGAAACAGCCGUGUGCAGGUCCUGUCGAUCGGCUGUCAUGUCCACAAAAAAACACUUUAGUGUUGUGAGAUCGUUGUACGAUUGACUCUUCCCCGAAAAGUCUUAGUUCCCCUCUUAUCUUGUGGUGACAGGUUUUUCUGAAAUGCAAAAGGGUCAAAGUGGGACAGACAUUUCACAAUUUUUUUUAGCAAAUCUUAUUGAAUGCUUUGCGAUUUAAAAGACUCCUCGGGCUACAUUUGAUGCUGACAUAUUUUUAAGCAGGACGCUGUGUCAACGUAUGUUGGCAACUUGUCUGAAAUGGUUUCCUUUCCAACCAAAGGCUUCCCCAAUUCUAACCGACCAUGUGCUGUCUAACUGCUAAAUUACCUAAAUCCACGUUUAUUGGAUUGGUUCAAUAAUCCAAUAACCAUGGAUUAAGGUGAUAUGCAACCUAUCAACUGUUUGUGAAUACUUUAUGUGCUGAAAUAUUUCCAUCAGGUGUUGUUUUUUCCGUCUAUCUAAAGAUGCACUUUAUGGUUCUCACUAUCAGCUUCAGCUAAAUAUAUUGUAAACUAGCUCAGUGUUUGUCAAUUAUAACCUUUUGAGAUUAAGGGUAAAAAUGUAUGUUAUUUAAUUGCUCCUUUUUUAAAUCACUUUUCUACAAACCUUUAGGCAUACCUCCACAAUGCACAGAGAGAACCACUCAAACACAGGCUCAGGAUCUUGUGCUGUUCAUUUGACACAAUUUUGUGACAUUUUAUAAAACCAAAUUAUUUGUUUACAGAAGACAUUUUGAAGUCAAUAUUGCUCAGUUUUGACUUCAUAUUUAAUUCGAAUUAAAUGUCAGAAACACGUUCAAUAACAAAGUAUUGUUUGUUUGAUCCUAUAUUUAAAGAGAAGAACAAAAAAAAGCAAAAUUGACAAAUCGAUUUAAGCAGCCAUGUUUAUUCAAAAUAAAUAACCAGAGGGGAAAGUAUUCAUGGUUUUGGUUGAACUCAAUCUAUCUUCAUGCGCUCCUCUCCACACCCUGUCAUUGACUCUCUUUUUUUUCACCACCCCAUCAUCUGCGCUCUCUGUAGUGGCCGAGCCGGCCGUCCAGAUCUACGAGCAGCCCAAGCAGAGAGGGAUGCGCUUUAGGUACAAGUGCGAGGGUCGCUCUGCCGGGAGCAUCCCCGGCGAAAAGAGCUCCGACAACAACAGGUCCUACCCGAGUCUGCAGAUCCUGAAUUACUGCGGCAAAGGCAAGGUGCGCGUCCACUUGGUGACGAAGAACGAGCCGUACCGGCCGCACCCGCACGACCUGGUGGGAAAGGACUGCAAAGACGGAUUCUACGAGGCCGAGUUCGGCCCAGACCGCAGGGUAAUCGCUUUCCAGAACCUGGGCAUCCAGUGUGUGAGAAGGAGGGAAGUGAAAGAGGCGAUCGUCCAGAGGAUGACCCGAGGGAUCAACCCCUUCAAUGUGCCACGUGAGCAGCUGCUGCAGACAGAGGAGUAUGACCUGAACGUGGUGCGCCUGUGCAUCCAGGUCUUCCUGCAGGACGAGAACGGCCACUACACCCGACCGCUCAACCCCAUCGUCACCAACCCCAUCUACGACAACAGGGCCCCAAACACAGCGGAGCUGAGGAUUUGUCGGGUCAACAGGAACAAUGGCAGCGUCAAGGGAGGGGAUGAGAUCUUCUUACUGUGUGACAAAGUACAAAAAGACGACAUUGAGGUGCGGUACUUCUCCGACGACGGCUGGGAGGCCAAAGGCUCCUUCUCUCAGGCCGACGUACAUCGCCAAGUGGCCAUCGUCUUUAAGACUCCUUCCUAUUAUAACACCUCCCUAACGGAGUCUGUCACCGUGAAGAUGCAGUUGCGCCGGCCUUCUGAUCAAGAAGUCAGUGAACCGAUGGAUUUUAGAUACCUGCCCGACGACAAAGAUCCUUACGGCUACAACGAGAAAAAGCGUAGAAGAGAGCACUUGAUGAGGAUAUCGGGAUUGUCAGGUGUUCCUUUCGCUGGUCCGACUAUGAACCGACCAAAAGCGGUGCCACAGAGUACCAUGAGUCACAUGCGAAAAGACCUCAGCAACAUGUACCUGAGGCCACAGCCCACACCUUCGAUGCAGCAACGAAAUCCUGUAUUCAACCAGACCUUCCAACCGGGCGCUCCGAACGUUAUGAUGACAUCACAAGCUGCCAAUGUGCCAGUCAGCCAUUCAUGGGCAAAUCCCAACCCAGCACUCUCAAUGGAUACAGUCACCAUAAACCAGUCUAGUGCCAUGAGCAAUCUUCCACUUCCUAAUAGCAGCAGGCAACAGCAUCCAGCCCGUAGCUCAGGUUACCCCCACAGAGUGGAGCACAGCGGCUUUGAGAAUAACACCCUCCCUCAGCUCUCCAUGAGGGACUUGCAGUGCUUGGACGCAGCCCCCCAAGCGCCUGUGAUGAACCAGUUAGAGUCCCAGACACUCUUCCAGCUGCAGCACCAAAGGGAGGAGCUCGCGUCUGAGACCCGGGCCCAAAACCAUCUCGGCAACCAGAACCAGGGUCUCCAUACUGCGUGGUCCAAUUUCACUCCCCUUAAUCCAGUCCAGAACACCUUCAAUGGGUCAGUACCUGGAGGUGGAGGUGGGUCACAGGGGCAGGGCUCAUUCUCCUUCCUAGGGGGAAUGGAAGGGGAUGAUUUUCUGAAGGACCUGGUGGGAGGAGGGCCUCAAGUUGGCUUGCAGCUGAAGCAGGAGCCCCAGAUCAGACAAGAGACCCAAGCUUCUAUCAUGCAAUCCCCGAGGGACAGCCAAGAAAAUACUUACACCAACUUGCUUCCUCGUACUAUGAGCAAUGGCACUAACAUGAAUCCAAUGGCGCAAGAUGCUUGUGGCAACAUCCAUCCUUCUAAAAAUACGGAAAAUACAUCUUUAAUCAACGGCAAGGCAUCCGAAGGCCACUUCCUAACUUUGGCUGAUUGGAUCAAAGCAACUCGGCAAAGCAACUAGAAGGAAUAUCAAUAUCAAUUGUUGGUAUCAAUAAAUAGACAGAGGCAGCUCAGACGAAUACCGUCGUCUUGUUUCGCCUUGCAAAGAGAAAUGUUUCUUCAUUCCGGCCAAGUAGGGCUCAGUGGGCAAAUUACAUACAAAUAUUGUCAGCCAUUUGGAAUCUACAACCAGACAAAGGCAUUGUUCCUUGGAGAUGCAAUUAAUUAUGAACUAGUUCCUUCUUUAGCAAAGACUUUACCAAGGGAUUGCUCCUACACUUGAUUGGCCAGCCUUGGCGCUUGGUAAGCAGUCAUUGGUCUUUUCUUCACAAUAUUAAUAUGUAAAGACACCAUUCUCCUAAAAAUGAUUCAUCAAAUUUGAUUUCUUGAUCCAUUUUAGAUAAGAACCAUGCAAUUUCAGAACCUUUUUGCAUUUGUAUUAAAGACGCCUGUUCAGGUUCCACCCUAACACAUCCCAACUGUUGGGGUGUUUCAAGAGGCGUCAAUUUGCACUGUCGUUAAAAUUAUUCCCACUAAUUAAUUUAUUGGUUUCCAGCUGCUUUGUGGAUAUUCUACGGACUAGUCAAUCAAACUAGAGUUAUUUUGAGUUCAACUGGCAUCUGCAUGGCGAGUAUGGGGAUAAAACACAAGGUUGAAAAGAUAACCAACAACCUGAUGCCUGAUUCCAAGCCAAAGAUAGAAUUCCGCAGAAGUGAAUGUAAUACUUUCUUUGUCUUUCUCAGGUGAAGUUGGAUUCACUGUAAACAUACUGUAUAGUAGAGUGGAGUGUUUGAUCUUGAAAAAGAAACAAAUGCAAAUGUAUGUUUAGGAUUUGAAAUGACAGCAGACAAUAUGGCUUAUUAUAAUGUCUUUGCACUUUGUAUUGCUUUGUGAAAUAUUUUUGUGUAUUGUACUGUUUUAUUGAUUUCUUAGCAGAGUAUUUGCUGUUAAAUGCACUCUGUACAUAUAUGUAAGCCAUAGUUGAGAUUGAAAGCAAUGCCUGUGCUGUAAUGCUCAAGAACUGGCAAGGUACUGAAAUUUCCUUUGAGGAAGUGGGAUGAAACGCAUUGUGUUGUCUUUCCUUUGUAAUGACUAUGUCAUAACAGUGAUCACAUGUGUUAUCCAGAGUUCUGAGAGCAUUUCUACCAGAUGUUUUUAGAUAAAAAUGUCAAUUUUGUGUUUCAUAUAUGUUUCUCUCAUUCAGCCAAGCUUAUUGAUAGCUUUGCAGAGGACACAUGGCAGAUGAUAAACAAACGGUCAACUGUAGUUUAGCUCAUUCUAGCAUGUUGUUGUUGUACUUGUAUGCCUUCCAGAAUCUUUUUUGCUGUAAAAUGAAGUAAAUAUUGUUGAUGACUACUUUGUAUGAUUUUUCUAUUUUUUGACAAGAUCAGUUAUUAAUAAACAGUCUGUCUUAUUAUA